UUUUGAGCUGCAUGAGCUGGCCUCCGCGUCGUGCUCCGAUGUCGCCGCAAACCAGCAACCCCCAACCGCCACCCCCGGGCAUCAACGUCCACUGGCUUAAUGUGUUGUUCUAUAUCUACCUGCACUUGGCGGCCGCCUAUGGAGUCGGACUUAUUUUCACCGAGGCCGCCAUCUGCACCACUUUGAUAGCACUCCUGUUAGCCCUGGUGGUUCCACUGAGCACAACCCUGGUGCACCGGCUGUUCGCACACAGAGCCUUCGAGGCCGCCACACCCUUAAAAGUAUUGAUUGUCGCUAUACACACCUUUGUCGGUCAGGGCAGCGUUUAUGACUGGGUGAAGGAGCACAGGUUUCACCACCAGGUGAGGGGCACCGCCCUUGACCCGUAUGACGCUAGUCGCGGCUUUUGGUUCGCUCACCUGAACAACAAAAUGGUCAAGCGGCGGCCAGACCAAGAGGCGGCCAAGGAGGCCGUCGACAUGAGCGACCUCGAAGCUGACUCGGUGGUCAUGUGGCAGAAACGGCUCUACUGGUUCGUGAUGCCCGUUUUCGCGUUCCUGCUGCCCAUCAACGCGCCGUGCGAGUACUGGGACGAGUCACUGAUCACCUCACUAUGCAUCGUCGGCGCCAUCAGACACAUCAUAGUGCUGCACUACGCCUGGCUGGUCACUAGCGGACCUCUGCUCUACGGGCUGAAACACGAUCAAAACGAGGCAGACUCGAACCAAGUUUUCUUCAUCCGACGCUCGCGAUGGCCCGACUAUCACUACCUCUUCCCUUGGGACUACAAGACCAGCGAAUAUGGAAGUUACGGCGACGACUGGACGACCUGGCUGAUCCAACAGUAUGCAGCCCUCGGCUGGGCCUACGACCUGAAGACGUGCAGCACCGAGACGAUGAAGAAGGCCUUGGAGGUUUCGCUGGACGAGAAGUUGCCGAUCGAGAAAAGUGUCCUCAAAGUGAUGGAGAGCAAGAAGGCCCAGAACGGGAAACACGAAGAGCAGAUUUCAAAUUGAGUGACUUCAAACAAUUUACCAGAUCUUGUAUGAAAAGCGAAAUAAAACUUGACACUUUAAAGUUCA